UGAUGCUGCUGCUGCUGCUUCUGUUGCCUCUGUUGUCAGUAGAGGUCUGUGCGUCGUCGCUGUGAAAUGGCCAGCACCGAGAGCCUGGACGGCAGUGUCUGCGAUUACGAGAAUGAAGACGGCAACGUGUCGGCCGUGCCACAGGUGGGUCACCUGACCACCGCACCGCAGGAGCUGCAGUGCCCCGCCUGUCGACUGUGGCAGAUGACGCGCGUGGAGCGCGAGGCCGUCACCUGUCUGCAGAAAAUCGCCUGCACCCUGAACGUUCUCCUCUGCUGCAAUCCCAUUCGCUGGACGGGACGUCACGAUGUCAAUCACUAUUGCGGCGCCUGUGGAUGCUUCAUUGGGCGACACAUCUCCUUGAGCUGGUACAAGCGCACCCUCUUCCGGCUGCAGAGGGGCGAGGUGGAGGACAACGGACGCUGGCAGCGCUUCCGCAAGGUGGAGAAGGAGCAGCUGGACGAAAAGAAACUGGGAAAGCAGCGUCAGGCCCUGGAACUUCAAGCGAACAAAUGAGAGAAAAUAAUAAUAAAUUUUAAUUUUAAUUAAUAUAA